AUGUCUCUCGCCACCAACAAAGUGUCCGGGGUCGGCGACAGUGCUGCACGAUCGAAAUCUCAGAGGUCCAGACCGGCGGUGAUGAGAGCGAGAACAGGAUGUUUAACAUGUCGUCGUAAAAGACGGAAGUGCGACGAAGGUAAACAUAUCGACGCCAAUGGCGAGACGAAGUGUGAUCAUUGCUCUUCUAGUGGCCUGGAUUGCAAAUGGCCAAGCUUUAUUAACAUGUCGGGAAAGUCCCUGCGUUCGAGAACGAGUGAAAAACGCGGGGAGAAAGCACCAAGUGCUAAUGCCCCCAGGUCCGAACCAAGUACGGAAUUUCCUGUUCUGUUGCCGGUGUCCAACAAAUCUGUGUUCGAGCCAACGUCACCUGAGGUGUCAUCAAAAAACCAGUGGCCACUAUCUCCACCUUCGUCCUUGAACGACGACGAAAAAAGCCUGAACGGGUCGUCCAGGUCCAAAAAAGCCUCUCCUUUAGAUUCGUUGCUCACGCCUACCGUUUCGGGAAGUAGUAAAUGUGGUGACCAAGUGCAGACAAAUGUUCCAUCUGCUGUACCAGAAGCAGGACAAUUGAAAAUGGUCGAUAAACCGACGCCGAUGUCUCGAUCGAACGAUUCUGGCGAGUCUCCUUCUCCGCCAGAUUUCGGCUCUUUUAUGGGCUUGUAUUCAGACCUCUUCACUACGGAGCCGUUCGCACAAGAUCUUCAAGUAUCGCACGAAAACAACUGCUUGGAUCUCUCGCACAUUUUGAGAGAGUACAUGUACGUUAAUGCAUUCACAGCAAACUCCAAACUUGAUAGGCCACCAGAAAUUAACCAUCCACCCAAAGAAGUGUUGACCGAAUACUUUGUCAGUGUGGAGAAGUUUUCUGUUAAAGACUUUAGCCAGCCAGUGGACCUGAAGCCUGAGCAGGAAAUCUCGCUACUCAGACAUUACGUGGAGACCGUCGGGGCUGGUCUGGACAUGUUUGACACUCACAAGACCAUGUCUCGGAUAAUUCCACAAAAGAUGCAAACUAAACAGGCACUCCGCUACGCUGUUCUCGCACUCACAUCCAAAUGGCUCGACUCCAAAAUCAGCAACUAUCCAAAGGGACUUACAAAGUCUCUUUAUUAUGAGUCGCUUAAGCACCUUGUGCCAACCUAUAACGAUGCCUCUAACGAUAUUUAUAUCAUCAUCACGUGUGUUAUACUCUGCGUGUUCGAGAUGAUGAACUCAAACCCGCCAAACUGGAAGCAAUACUUGGAAGGCUGCGUGUUGCUCUUCAGAAGCUAUAACAUAACCGGUCUCGCGACCAAUGAGAUCGACAGAGCAACAUUUUGGGUGUUUAUUCGGAUGGAUGUUUGCCACUCUGUCAUCAACGAGUCACCAACACUACUUGCGUCAGAGCACUGGGUUCUGCCGUACAUGACCGCUGACGAGAUUGAACAGGCCUUCAACACGCCAGAAAUGCACGCAAACUACAUUGUUUAUCUGUCCUCCCUUGUCGUCAACUUGAUCUACGGCGAACAAGAGGCCGACCAAUUCAAGUCCAAAUGGUUGGACUUGUGGGUUCGCCUGAAGCGGUGGGAAGCCGCUUACGAAGAGCUCUUUGGCCGUACUUACGAAGUCUACGAUGCCAAGGUGUCAUUUCCUCGGAUAUUUUUCGCAAACACCCAGGCCAUCUCCUCCAAUCAGAUGUACCACAUGUCCUGUAUUUUGAUGCUGCAAAACAAACCACAUUCACUACGACUAUCUGCACUUUCUUCAGCAGAUUCCAGCUUGUACCCAAGCGUGUCUCUACUGCACCACGCCAAAAGGAUCAUAGGGAUUGCCAUCACAAACUCGGAUUACGGAGCGCACUGUAAUUCGAUUCAACCGCUUUUUGUUGCCGGCCUUAUUUUAACUUCCAGGCAGGAGUAUGGAAUACUGCUCAACGCCCUACGAACUGUGGAAUCAUCCACUGGAUGGUCCACUCAGUGGCGUAUGACUGAUCUAAUGAAAUUUUGGAGUAAAGGCGACUAA